AGAAAAGUUGCCAUAGGGAAGGGUCAUUACAAACCCAUAUGUGAAAAAGGAUUUCUAAUAAUUUUACAAUUAGUUAUCGCAGACGAAAUCUAAUCGUGAAUUUAGAGGCUGGUAAAUCAAUUACGCGUGAUACGAUUACGUACCUCCACGUAGCUCAAGGGAAUUAUAACCUGCAACUUGCAAAUUUCUUCAUUUCCUCUGAAUUUUGCGGUUAUUUGGCAAAUAAACCGGGUUUGUUCCUCACAUAUUUCAUCGGCGUUUUCAAUCUUUCGUUUUCCAAAAUCGAUACUACUGCGAUCACCAAAAUAUUUUACCUAAAUUCCCCUGUAGGAAGAGAUUUAAAAAAGCAAGCGGCCUAUUUAUGCAUUCAAAGUCCUUCAAACUGAUUGCUUAUUGAUAUUCUCAGCUUUCUGCAACAAUUUGUUCUCAUCUACCGAAAAAGUGAUAGCAAAAAAGUAUUUUGUUCCGCAAUUUAUAGCUGAGGCUUGGUCACAUAGUGUUAUAAAUUCGCGGAAUGCAGAGAACGAUGACUGGCUAUUUUUUUCAAUGUUGGGUGUUCUUUGAUUUAUUGAUUUCCUUUUGAGUUUUAAACAGUGGCUGCAACCGCCUAAGAGAACUCUGCUUUUCCUUACUUUUACUUUCUACAAACAAUUUCGUUUUCUGAUAUUGAAGAGUUAUUAUCGAUCAAAGACCAGCUAAACCAUCAAGUUAAACUUUCAUAUUUUAAAAUGAAAAUUCUCCGCUCUUUCUGCAUACUUUGUUUCAUUUUUAUCACUUGCGUUGCGUGGCGUGGAUAUGAUGUGAAUCCGGAGCUGUAUUAUGAGAAUGUGGAAGCGAUAAAGAGAAUCUUCGACACCAGCCGGCUGCAGAACUACUCAACCAUCACUCUGCCCACAAAUCCACUCACACUUUACGUGAAAUUGAUCGUGCAAGAGUUGAUUGAGCUGGACGUGAAGAAGGAGCAGCUGGAAGUGAUGGGCUGGAUGAGGCUCAUCUGGCAGGACUCCAGACUGUCAUGGAGCGAGGAGAUGUUCGGAAUCAGGGAACUGAGAGUGUUCCCAGACAAUAUCUGGACUCCAGACGUUGUCAUCAUCAACUCGGCCCAGGAGCUUCCCAAAGGAUCACACCUUCCAGCUACUGUCGAUUCCACUGGGUAUGUGUACUGGUUUCUGCCUGCCAGAAUCACUACAAGAUGCGAGACAGACGCCCGUUUCUUCCCAUUCGACGUCCAAACUUGUUUCAUUGAUUUGGGAUCUUGGACUUACUCACAAGAACUACUGCAACUGACUUUACUGGAGUACAAAACCCUGUUGGAAAGAGUCUCGCAAAACAUCCAGUGGAGCAUCACAAACAUCCAGGCAUCCUUAGUCACUGCAGAACGCUUCUCAGAGUUCCACAACAAACCCAUGAAUUUCUCAAAAGUGCAGUACUCUUUAACGAUAGAGAGAAAACCUAGUUUCUACGUGUAUUGCAUCUUCGUCCCAAUUUUAUUGGGAGCCAGUUUGGGAGCUCUCACUUUCUUGAUCCCCGUGGACAACGGGGCUAAAGUGUCCUUUCCCAUUUCAAUGUUCCUGGCACUUUUUGUCAACCAGCUAGUCAUCAACCAGUUUGUGCCUCCUUCGGCUGACACGAUGCCCCUGGUGACUAUCCUGUGCACUGUUCUGACCUCCUUGUUUGCCCUGAAUGUGGCACAGACUGCGAUUGUGCUGAGAGUGUUCCACAGUGGCAUGAAUGCACACAAGAUACCCGUGUCCUACUGCCUCUACACUCUGCUCCACUUCCUAGAGAAUAUAGGGAAGCGAUCAUUCAUAUACAGCCACGUCUACAACCCACUACACAGGGAAGUGAUGAGCAUUGUAACAUAG